AUGUUGGGGACGCAAGGAAACAACUCAGACCGCACGAUCGCCUUCCUCAUCUUUGAUGCCCUGCUCGUCGCGCUCGUCGUCCUCUGUGUCAUCUACCACGACCGCCCGAUUUUUGUCACGUCGCGUCCAGAGCUGCCCAAAGUCACUCCCGCAUACCCGCUUGUCGGCAACCUGCCCGAGCUGCUCAGGAAUCUGUGGCAUGACCCGAAGCGGCAGUAUGGCAUGCUUCACCUCAUGGACAGUUUCCAGAAGCAGUUUGGAAAAGGUGGCAUGCCGUUCACAAUGACGGCCCCGGGUGCAUCCUUUGGCGGUCGUACCGUUGCCAUCAACCGUCCAGAAUACAUCCAGUGGGCACAAAAGACCAACUUUGAGAACUAUGAAAAGGGCUAUCACUUCCGCAAAAACAUGCAAGAUGUCCUUUCCGAACACGGCAUCUUUGCUGCCGACGGCCAAGUGUGGAAAAAGCAGCGCAAAAUGGCGUCGCACAUCUUCUCCGUCGGCAACUUCCGCACUCAUGUGCAAAAGACCGUCCAGAGUGACUUGGAGCUGCUUAUGAAGCUUGCAAAGGACGCCGCCGACUCGGGCACGCGGCUCAACCUGCCAGACGUCAUGUUCCGCUUCACGCUCGACACCUUUGGCGAGAUGGCUUUCAAUGCGAAUCUCAACUGCCUGCCGACCGAGACCAAGGGCCUGCAGGAGGAGGUGCCGUUCGCCACCGCCUUUGACUUCGCCCAGCAGGUCAUGGUCGAGCGCUUCUUUGACCCAUUCUGGCGCUUUACUGAGUGCUUUUCUGCUCAGGGCCGCCAGAUGCGCCGUGCCGUCAAGGUCCUCCGCAAGACGUGCUUCGAGAUCAUCGACAAACGUCUUGCCAACCAGGCCAGCGGCAUGAGCAUGGGCGCUGUCGACAACAAGGAGGGCAAGGAUCUGCUCCAGCUAUUUAUGGACAUGGGCCUACAGCGGGACGAGCUACUCCCCGUCGUGCUCAAUUUCAUCAUCGCCGGCCGCGACACUACUGCGCAGGCACUCUCUUGGGCGUUCCUCGAGCUGCACAAGCACCCAGACAUUGUCAAGAAGAUCCGCGAGGAGGCCAGUCGUGUCAUCGGGGACCGCUUCAUGGAAUACGAUGACCUGAAGCGCCUGCCUUACACCAACGCCGUCUUUUACGAGGUGUUGCGGCUGUAUCCUUCAGUGCCCAAGAACAUCAAGGUCGCCGUCAAGGACGACAUCAUCCGCCCGUACGCGCAGGACCUCGAUCGCACGGGGAGCGACGAAAAGGAGGAAAUCAUGCCGACCGAACGUCUGCCAGACAUCAAGGUGCAAAAAGGCACGACAGUAAUGUGGUCCGACUGGGUCAUGGCCCGCAUGCCUGAGAUAUGGGGCGAGGAUUGCAAGGAGCUCAAGCCAGAGCGAUUCCUCAAGGCGGACGGCUCCCUUCGCACGUAUAGCACGUACAAGUUCCACGCUUUCAACGCUGGCCCGCGUCUCUGCCUUGGCCAGACGCUUGCGACCUACGAAGGCAUGGCCGUUCUCAUUGCCCUUUUGACGAAGUACGAUGUUGUGCUGGACGAUGAAGAGCUCGCGAAAGACCCGCCGACCUACGCAGAGAGCUUGACGCUGCCCAUCACCAACCCGUACAUGGCUACGCUCCACCCGCUAUGA